GGAAAUGUGUCCGGGUUGAAACUCCAAAACAUGUGGGAAACGACUUCAACUCGUGUUUAUGAAUUAGACUGCGAGGAAAAUAAUAAUAAUAAAACCAUAUAUAUAUAAGCAACAUUAUAGUUCGGGGCUCAAGAGAAUAAUUGUAUUAAAUCCGCAGCGUUUAUAACGUUAUGCUACGGGAUCUGUGUGCUAUAGUUUGGAGUAGCUUAUGUACUGCAUGUUAAAGGCUGCUGGUGAUCAGCAUUUAAACAAAUAAAUAAAAAUCGACAACGUGAUUUUUGAUCCAGCCACGAUUUAAAAGAGGACAUGAGUCUGUUGCCCAGAACAGCGGAACAGUUCAGCUCUGCAGAUUAUUGGGAACGAUUUUUCCGCAAACGGGGAGAAAAAGCUUUUGAGUGGUAUGGGGACUACAACUCACUGUGUGGCGUCCUGCACAAAUACAUCAAACCCCGUGAGAAGGUUUUAGUGGUUGGCUGUGGGAACUCGGAGCUAAGUGAGCAGCUUUACGAUGUAGGCUACCGCCAGUUAACCAACAUCGACAUUAGUGAGACAGUUGUUGCUCAUAUGAACCAGAGAAAUGUUCAGCGUCGUCCCGACCUCACCUUCCUUCAGGUAGAUGCCACUGAGACGGGUUAUGAAAACGGAAGCUUCCAGGCUGCUCUGGACAAGGGAACUCUAGAUGCCAUGGCCUCGGAGGAGGAGGGCGUUGUGGCGAGCAAAAUGCUAGCUGAGGUGGGCCGAGUUCUGGCUGUGGGCGGCCGCUAUGUCUGUGUGACUCUCGCCCAGGAGCACGUGAUAAAGCUGGCAGUAGAGCAUUUUGCUGAAGCUGGCUUUGCCAUACGUAUCCACUGCCUGAGCCAGCAGAACCCAGACUUGGAUUCGUCCUCAUUCGCUCUUCCUGUAUUCGUUCUCAUCUGCACCAAGUUCCGCCAGCCACCUCCAUUCAAAGUGCUGGAGAUGUGCCAGGGGGAGGACGGCGCCCCGUGUAGGCUGGUGUCGGUUCCUGAGCUAUUAGCUGCAAUAAAGGAACGGCAGGCGUAUGCACUCAUGAUCCAGAAGCUCAGGGGUGCCACAGACACUGCUAGCACGCCCUCCCUCACACUGUGCCAUGCAGCCACGGGCCGUCCCCGAUACACACUGACGGUGCAGGACGGUCCGCCUUCUGCCAAAGUUCCCCGUACCAACCACUUUGCUAUCUUUAUUGUUCCUCAGGGUCGAGAAUCCGAUUGGUUGUACGGUUCUGCCGAGGGUCGCACUCAGCUAGCCGCAAGCGCAAACUUCCGCCGACUGAUCAUUGUUGCGAUGCAUCGAGACCAGGAAUAUAAAGACAUGCAAGCAGUCCAGUCCGAGCUCUCUCCCAUGGUGAUGGAACUGGCUCCUCCUGGCAUGCCAGCCAAUCAGCAGGUGCCAUUCUUGUCUGUAGGAGGUGACCUGGGCUGGAGGGAGGUGGUGGGCCGAGGCGUCAGUGGCCUAACCGGCGAGUACUCUGUUGAAGAUGUCCGAGGAGAGGAUGGUCAUGUCUACCGUAGACUGAUCUUCAUGAACAACACUCAGCUGGUGCAGUCUGAAAGCCGCCUGCGAUCCGCGGCUACAAUUGGUUCUGCUCAGAAAAAGAAGAGCAAGAAAAAAUCUAAACGCCCUGCUCCGGAAACUCCAGCUUCAGCUCACAAAAAUCACACCGUAGAUCGAGGAUUUCUCUGUUGUACUCAUCACGAGGUGAUGAUCGCAGGCUUUGCCAUGCUAGGAAAGGAGGCCCUCGGUAAUAAAGAUGGUCAGGUAUCAGUGUUCGUGGUGGGGCUGGGUGGUGGAGGGCUGCCCCAGUUCAUACGGGACUUUGUGCCUGGUGCGUGUGUGGAGGUUGUGGAACUAGACCCGGCCGUACUAGAGGUAGCAAAGACCUGGUUCGGGUUCCAGACUGACGACAGACUGAAGGUAAUACUGGGAGACGGUCUAGAACACAUCAGCAUGCUGGAGAGCAAGGGAGGACAUUCCUAUGAUGUCAUCAUGUUCGAUGUUGACAGCAAGGACCGCUCCCUGGGAAUGAGCUGUCCUCCUCCUGCCUUUGUAGAAACAUCCCUAUUAGAGAAAGUCUGCAAAUUGUUAACUCCUCGAGGAGUGUUUAUGUUAAACUUGGUGUGUCGUGACUCAGCUCUGAGGCAGUCGGUGUUGGAGCGUUUACAGGCCGUGUUCCCGAGUGUGCUUUCUCGCCCUAUUGAGGGUGAAGUGAACGAGGUGCUGCUGUGUUCCCGGGGUGGAGGUGAACGAGACAAACUAAACACCAUCCCAAAGGAGCUGCAGCAGGCUGCCGAAAACCUACAGGGGACGCUGCGGAGCCACAGUCAGAAUGCUCCCUUUAACCCACAAAUAGACAUUACUGUAAUGCUGAAAGACCUGCGAGUAGCUUGAACUGUCUGUCAGGACGUGCGUCAGAAAUGAGGCACACAAGUACCCAGUUUAAUAUAGAUAUAAUUCUUUUAAAAAUUUAAGUCAGCUUGUUUUAAAAGCAAAAGCACACUAUUCUUGGUUGUCAGAACUAUGUCAGAACAUUGUCAACAACAUUGAUUCGUUACAUCUUGUUUUGUGCCUGAUUUUUUCCCCCAUUCUUAUAAGUGCAGUUUGUAAUGUUUAGUUUAUCCUAAGACCUAUAGUAAUCAUGAAAUCAGAGCUAUCUUAUAAAAACUUAUCAAAUGUUGCAAUGCAGUGCACCUGGGUAAUUUCAGGCUUUUGUUUACAUUUUUCUGGCCCAGAAAUGAGCUUGGCACCAGAUAGAGCAUUUGCUCAGCACCCCCCCUUUUUCUUUAAAAGGAAAUUAGGGGGAUGGGUCAGUUGGGAAGAAGAUGCAGGGCUUUUCAUUGCAAUUUUGAUUUUUUUUUUUUUAAAUGGCACUGUCACACUGCACAUCAAGACUGUCAUGAUCAUUUAACAUGGUGGUAAAAACUAUAUAAUUAAAAAACUAUAUAUAAAAAGCUUUUAUAAUUUUACUCAUCUGGUUAGUAAACACAUGGCACAUGACUGAGUACAAUACUACAUUUACAGCAAUUAGCAGACGCCCUUAUCCAGACGCCCUUAUCCACUUACAGAAGUGCUUCAGCUGAAAGAUGGCAUCCAGCUGACCUACUGGGAAAAAGUGGUGAGGGGAAGUAGUGGCUUUGCAAGCUAGGGCUUUGGACUAGUAACCGGUAGGUUAUGAGUUUGAAUCAUGGAAGCUGUCUCUGUUUCGUCCUUGAACAAAACUUCUAACCCUCAUCUUUUCAGCUCAAUUUUACAUAGUUUUUGGAUAAAAUCAUCUGUCAAAUGAAUAACUAAAUGAAAAAUGGUAUAACUUAUUAACGCAAGCCUAGACUUUUACACAGUCACAUAUAAAGUAUCUGUUUAAAGUACUCAUUUCUGUUGGGAUUAAUAUGAGGUAAUGGACAUUUUUACAUAAACUUGCAUAAAUAGUAUGUAGUACCAUGCAUUUAUUUCAACUGUUAAUGUUUACUACAUACAUUCACUGUCCACUUUAAUAGGAACAUUAAAUGCUAGAUGAUAGAUCAAUAGAUAGAUGGGGAACAAGUAUGAUCUCUGUGACUUUAACCAUGGCAUGGUUGUUGGUGCUAGAAGGGCUGGUAUGAGUAUUUCAGUAACUGCUGAUCUCCUGGGAAUUUCACACACAACAGUCUCUAGAGUUUAUACAGAAUGGUGCAAAAAAAAAAAAAAAACACUGAGUGAGUGACAGGAGAAAACGUCUUGUUGAUAAGAGAGGUCAGAAGAAAAUGAGAAUGACCAGAUUGGUUUAAGCUGCCAGGAAGUCUAGUAACUCAAAUAAGCUCUCUCUAAAACCGUGGUGAGCAGAAAAUCAUCUGGACAGUUAAAGACUGGAAAAGACCAGGUUUUGGUGUGUUUCUGCCCAUGAUAGCCUCAGAUUCUUGUUCUUGGCUGACAGGAAUGGAACCUGAUGUGGUCUUCUGCUGUUGUAGCUCAUCUACCUCAAGGUUCAAGGUUUUGUGCAUGCUUUUCUGCUCACAAAUCUUGUACAUACUGAUUAUAUGAGUUAGUAUAUCUUUCCUGGCAUCUCAAACCAAUCUGGUCAUUCUCAUUUGAUCUCUUUAAUCAACAAAGUGUUUCAGCCUGCAGACUAUGCUCACAGGAUGUUGUUUUUUGUUGCUGCUGUUGUUGUUGUUUGCACCAUUCUGUAUAAACUCUAGAGACUGUUGUGUGUGAAAAUCCCAGCAGAUCAGCAGUUUCUGAAAUACUCAAACCCAGCCCAUCUGGUACCAACAAACAUGUCACGGUUAAAGUCACAGAGAUCACACUUUUUCUCCAUUUUAAUGGUUGAUGUGAACAUUAACUGAACCUCUUGAUGAGCAGGAUUUUAUGCAUUGAGUUGCUGCCACAUGAUUGGAUGAUUAGAUAACCGCAUAAAUGUUCAGGUCUACAGGUGUUCCUAUUAAAGUCGAUGGUGUGUGUAUAUAAUACAGUAAUGAAAAAAAUUAUGGAAACGUUUGAAAAAGUUUUUGUUAUUUUAAUGCAAUAAUAAUAUGAUUGCUCUGCUGGGGACAAAAACCAAUAGAAAUAAUCACAGAAAUUCUAAUGGUUUACACAACAAAUACCAUAAACCAUCAGCUAACCCUUCAAACAAUUACCAUUACUAUUAGUAGUCCUUAAAAGUAUUCACUAGACAUAACAUGCCACCAAUAGAAGGCAACAGAUUGCCAGUAGAGACCCACAGGGUCCAUUACAGUUUCCAUUAAAACCAAUACAAUUCCCAUUAAAACCAUUACAAAUUCUAUGAGGGUUCCUAUUGUUUUUUUUUUCUGACAGGGUGUACUGAAAAUUCGUGUGUAUACAGUAAUACAUAAUAAUACAUACAACUAAAGAAAUGUAAAUGUAUUAUUUAUUUAUUUAUUAAACUUGGAGGGAAACACUCCAUAGAAUUCCCAGCAUGCCUCAGAGUCCAGUCUCGU